AGUGAUGACGUUGCACCUUCUGCGACACAGCCUGCAACAGCCAUGCGCCAGUUGGCAGCGUUGUUGUGGUCGCCUAUCUCGUGAUUAGUUAGCGAUUUUACUGAAUAAAAUUGAGGUGCUUAUCCGCCAAAGUUUGGACUGAACAAUGUGCCGGAGCUGCACAGGGCGGCGGUGAGUGCAGCGGAAGAGCCUCUUCCUCCUUCUGUCUGUGUGUGAGUGUGACCGAGCAGUGCCAUGUAGUGAGGAAGAAGAAUGAGCAGUCAGCAGCACACUCCAGCAGACUGGACUGACGACCACACGGUCCAGCAGGAAAAUGAGCUAGAAGCUCUCGCGUCUAUCUUUGGAGAUGAUUUCCAGGAUCUGCGGAGCAAGGACCCAUGGAAGGUUAAAAGGCCCCCUCAGGUGCAUCUCUGCCUGCGGCCAAACGGGCUGAAUAAUGGACAGGAAUGCUACGUGACUGUGGACUUGCAGGUUCAAUGCCCACCCACAUACCCAGAUGCGCCUCCAGAACUGGAGCUGCAUAAUGCCAAAGGUCUGUCAAACGAAAACCUCCUGAAUCUGCAGAGUGAACUCACAAAGCUGGCGGCAUCGCGAUGUGGGGAGGUGAUGAUUUACGAACUGGCAGACUACAUCCAGGGCUUUCUGAGCGAGCACAACAAGCCUCCGUCAAGCUCCUUCCAUGAGGAGAUGCUGAAGAACCUGCAGAGACAGCAGGAGAUACGAGAUCAGGAGAAGCAGCAGAAGAUGGACCAACGGCGCAAACAGGAGGAGGAAAUGGAAAAAGAGAUCAUGGCUGUUAUCCAAAAAAGAGAGGAUGAGAAACGAGAAGAAAAGAGAAGAAAGGAGAUUGCCAAACAGGAGCGUCUUGAGAGUCUGGAUCAGCCAGUCCCUUCUCACUCCCCCCUGUUAGGGAAGAGCCCACCCAGCCCCAGCGGAUUUCCUCCUGAACUGAUGGAAGGCAAGAGAGCCACCAAUAACCGCCGCCGGACUACCUCCGGUACACGCCACAGACGUGACACAGUUAAUGACGACAUCCCUCGCUCCCAAGAGCUUCUUCACUUCUCCAGCAGCGCCUUUGGAGAUCUUGUUGUCCACAGAGGGAAAAGCUUAGGUGUGAGCGAGAGGCUCCGGCGUAACGUUUAUUAUGGAUUUGAGGAAAACUCUGGAGACUUUACUGUGAUCUACGAGUGGUCGCUUCAAUGGAACAAGAAGAUGGGCACGUUUCUCACCAGUCUGGAGAAAGGAAGGAUUGAUAACUGCAAAAAGCAGAUCCAUGGGGCCGAAAACGAGUUCAACUCCCUCCUGCGGCUGGAUCAUCCAAACUUGGUGCGCUACAUGGCGCUGAGCUCCACUGAGAAGGAGGACUGCCUCGUGGUUAACCUGCUGGUGGAGCAUGUGGCUGGCGUCAACUUGACCCAAAGCCUUGUCACACAAACCCCGGUCCCUCUGGACAAACUGUGCCACUACACGGCCCAGCUUCUGGCUGCCCUGGACUACCUUCACUCCAACUCCGUGGUCCACAAACAGCUGGGGGCCUCCAGUGUGCUGGUGGACUCCGAGGGAAACGUACGACUGACCGAUUACAGCUUAUCCAAGAGAUUCGCCGAUAUCUGCAAAGAAGACAUUUUCGAGCAAGCCCACGUGCGAUUCUCGGAGGAUACGUCGAUGCCAACGAAAACGGGCAAAAAAGGGGACGUGUGGAACUUGGGGCUGAUGCUGCUGGGUCUGAGUCAGGGGAAGGAGGUGCAGGAGUAUCCAGUGACAGUGCCAGCCAGCCUGCCUGCUGACUUCCAGGAUUUCUUCCAUAAGUGUGUGUGCCUGAAUGAUGCUGAUCGCUGGACAACUCAGCAGCUUUUAGAACACUCCUUCCUCAAGCCUCCUUCGCCCAAAAACCUGCCACAGCACCGGGUUGACAGCCCAGAAGAUCCUGUUGUGGACUUCCCAUCAUCAGUCACCCCGCAGAACCACAUCCUCCACGCUCCGUUCAGCACCGGGGUGCAGAGGCAGUUUUCCCGCUACUUCAAUGAGUUUGAGGAACUCCAGCUUCUUGGAAAGGGGGCGUUUGGUGCUGUAAUUAAGGUUCAGAAUAACCUCGACGGUUGCUACUACGCUGUGAAGCGCAUCCUGGUCAACCCGGCCAGUAAACAGUUCAGACGAAUCAAAGGCGAGGUGACGCUUCUUUCACGCCUUAACCAUGAGAAUAUCGUGCGCUACUACAAUGCGUGGAUCGAGCGGCACGAGACCCCCUCGGGAGGCAUGCUGAGCAACACCGACAGCUCCGAGCCUUGGAGCUCCAACGAGAAGCCCCCCAAGCGCAAAGAGUCCCCGAAGCCCAUCAACGAGCUGGGCCUCGCCGACAACGUGGAGGACGCUGCGCCCCUCCCGGCCCUGUCCAGCUCCGUGGAGUGGUCCACCUCCAUCGAGAGGUCCUCCAGCGCCAAAUGUAGCAGGGACCAGUCAAGUGAUGAAGAGGAUGAUGAGGAUGAAGAAGAAGAUGUUUUUGGUGCCUCUUUUUUACCUUCAGACAGUGAUUCAAGUAGCGACAUAAUCUUUGACAAUGGAGAUGAAAACACAGAAGAUAUGUCACAGGUUGAGCCAAUCAGAAGGCCUGUAACAGACGCAGGGGACACCACAGACUCAGACCAACCCCUCAUCAUAGCUCAUCACUUAUACAUACAAAUGGAAUACUGUCAAAAAAGCACUUUAAGGGACACAAUAGAUCAAGGCCUGCACCAGGACCAGAAUCGUUUAGCGAGACUCUUCAGGGAAAUACUGGAUGGGAUUGCUUACAUCCACGAGCAGGGCAUGAUUCACAGGGACUUGAAGCCUGUCAACAUCUUCCUCGACUCACAGGACCACGUGAAGAUUGGGGACUUUGGCCUGGCUACGGACCACCCUGCUAAUGUGGCUGCAGGCAAAUUUGAAGUGGAGGAGAGCGGCUCAGCAGUGAUGCCCAAACCAGAUCCAACAGGUAACAUGACAGGCAUGGUUGGUACUGCGCUCUACGUCAGUCCGGAGGUUCAAGGAAACACCAAAGCCACCUACAACCAAAAAGUUGAUCUUUUCAGCCUGGGCAUUAUCCUGUUUGAGAUGUCCUACCGUCCAAUGACAACAGGGUCCGAGCGCAUCUCUGUCCUGAGCCAGCUGCGUGCGGAGCUCAUGAUCUUUCCUGAGGACUUUACUGAAUAUGAGCAAGGAACACAGAGGAAAGUGAUAGAGUGGCUGAUGAACCACGACCCGGCCCUGCGGCCCACCGCCCAGGAGCUGCUGAAGAGCGAGCUGCUGCCCCCCCCACAGAUGGAGGAGUCGGAGCUGCACGAGGUGCUGCAGCAUACCAUGGCUAAUAUCAACGGCAAAUCCUACCGCACCAUGGUGGGCCAGCUGUUCGCCCAGAACACCUCCCCGGUCAUGGAUUACACCUACGACAUAGACCUGCACAAGGGCAGCUUCAGCUUCAAUAGUGCCAAAUUGCAGCAGCAUGUUUAUGAAACAAUCACCAGGAUCUUCAAGAAGCAUGGUGCGGUGCGCCUCCAGACACCGCUUCUCCUCCCCAGGAACAGGAAGCUGUAUGAUGGCAGCGAGCUGGCCUGCUUCAUGGAUCACAGUGGAAUGCUGGUCACACUGCCCUACGACCUUCGUGUGAGCGCCACACACACACACGCACACGCACACACACACACACUCACACACGCACACACACACACAUUUGAUGGGUGCUGUCAAAACUCAACUACAAUAAUGUGUGUGUGUGUGUGUGUGUGUGUGUGUGUGUGUGUGUGUGUGUGGCACCCGCAGGAGAGGAACUACAACAUCUACCUGAACCACACCAGCUUGUUGAAUGCCAUCCUGCUCCACAGCGGAGUCCCUGAGGGCAAGCUGAGCCAGGCCUCCUCCAUACUGUGUGAAGCCAUGAGUGAAAAGCUGACCAAACGUGAGGUGGAGGCAAAGUUCUGUAACUUCUCCCUGCCGACCAACAGCUUGCAGACGCUGUACAAGUACAUAGUGCAGAAGGGGAAUCUGCAGGAUCUGGCUCCACUGCUGACAUCACUCACCAAACAGAAGACCGCCGUCACCCAGCUGGCCAAGCAGGGCCUCAAGGACCUGGAGGAGCUCACGGUGCUGCUGAGGAAACUGGGAGUCAAACUGCCGGUGGUGGUUAACUUAGGCUUGGUAUACAAGGUGCAGCAUCACUGUGGGAUCAUCUUCCAGUUUGUGGCUUUCAUCAGGAAGCGCAAGCGAACUGUGCCGGACAUAUUGGCAGCUGGAGGACGCUACGACCACCUGAUCCUGGAGUUUCGUGGGCCAGCUUCCACGGUGCCGGUGCCUUCUGCAGUGGGGGCCAGCGUGGCCCUGGACAAAGUCUGUGCAGCUAUAGCCAACAUGGAGGAGCCGCCCUCAGUCAGCUCCUGUGAUGCGCUGGUGGUCCCAGUGGGACACUCUUCCAUGUCCAGAGCCAUCAAUGUUGUCCAGAAGCUGUGGAGCACUGGUGUCUCUGCAGACAUCGCCUACGACGUCUCACAGUCUCAGGAGACGUUGAUGGAGCACUGCAGGCUGGCCGGCAUCAGCUGCAUGGCCCUGGUCUCUGACAAGGAGGGAAACUAUGUGAAGGUCAAGUCCUUUGAGAAAGACAGGCAGUCUGAGAAACGGAUCCCUGAGUCGGACUUGGUGGACCACAUCAUUCAGAAAUGUCGGACCAAAUUCUUUGAGGACAGAAACAUCAGAGAAAUGUCUGAAAGCAUGUCUCAGAACCCUAAAGGAUCGCUGCUCAACACCACAGGCUCCUCAGAACAGCAUGGGAGCAGCGGCCCCAUGAACAUGAAUGUGAACGUCAUCAGCCCGGACAAAGUCUCUUCUAAUAUUAGACGACGCUAUGAGACUCAGAUCCAAACCAGAUUACAAAAUCUCGCGAGCAAUUUACAGAACAAAACCAAUGACAUCGAGGUUCUGGCAGUGGACCUGAACAAGGAAACGCUGGUGAACUUCCUGUCUCUGGAGUUUGAUAGCGAAGAGCAGUUCAACAGCAGCGUGAAGACUCUGCUGUCUCGUCUACCCAAGCAGCGCUACCUGAAGUCCAUCUGCGAUGAGAUCCACCAUUUCAAAAUGACCAAAAAGCUGGCUGUGGUGGUCUUGUACAGCUACAAAGACGACUACUACAAGAUCCUUCUCUGAAAACCAAGACUCAAGCUCCCUGACCUGCUGUGCUUCAGACUCCCAGAGACUUUGCAUCAGGACCUACAGAACUUGUUUCAUGAUGGACUUGUAGCUUUCCUUCUUAGAAAGCGCGAGCCCCAAAGACACCAUGUUUACCAUGUUGAAUGGUAAUUCAAAAUCGUUAACUUUCCAGUGUUUUGUAGAUGUUCUCAGAUAGAGUCUUGACUCUAUUGCCUUAAUAGAAUUCUAGAAGUUGAAAGAUGGAUUUCUACUGAAAAUUGUGCCAUGAAGGGAACAAUUUCACUUUUUCUAAUCAGCAACAAUUUGAAUAGUAGGAAUAAAUGACCUUUUCCCACAGAGCUGAUAUUGUGUCUAUUUUAAUUACACAUCUGAGUACAACAAAAUGCAGCCUCAUUAUUGACUACCUGCAUACUGAGUAAUACCUCAUAAGCUAAUGCUUAACCUUGUUGUUGCUAUGAACUCAGUUAUUGCUCAGUUGAGACACGUCGGGCAUGUUUGGGGAGUUUUUAGUGGAGUUUGAAGGCUUUGUGUUGCAUAUUUGACAUAUUCAAGGCCUGGGAAACUGACCCUAAUAUUUACUUUAUUGAUCCUUCCGGAGAAGCUUCCUCACCUUGAAGUUUAUGAGCAAGCUUAGACGGACAAGUCAAAACAACAGCACAGUCUGCGGAGGAUUAUACAGGUUUCCAGGCCUGAAUGUCUUUUCCGGGCUUUUAUUAGCUCAUUGGAUAGAUGAGAGGGCUACUUGCUUUUUCGCUUGCAUUAAAAUCUCAAAGGACCCCCCUCAGAAACAACCUACCGCGACUAAACACAUCUGCAAAUGCCACUGAGAUAAGAGAGCAGGAGAGAACGAUCAGAUUUAAAGCCAUUUGGGACAGAACUCGAGCACCAGAUGUGAAUGUGAGUGAGGUUAAGAACCACUAACAGAUACCAUCUUGAAUGACAACACUGCACUGGCAUCGUUCCUCUAAAUGUCAUUUGCACGGGACACUUUGGUUCACACUUUUAUUUUUCGAAAUAAGUGUAAAUGUUACAGUUCAUCUAGGAAACAUAUUUACAGGUUUUGCAACAGUGAAAUAAAUAAGGUUGUAUAGAAUAUAGCAGAUAGAAAUGGUAAAUAGUCUACAAUGUACAGCAGCUUUGGCUACCAAAAGUUCAUUUUCCAAAAAAAAAAAGACAAUCUCAAACUAUAGUUUAGUAUUAAUAAAUAAAGCUAUGUGAAAAAAUAAAUAAGGUACUCUUCUGUCCUACUAAUUUAAACUACUUUUUUUUUUUUUUUU